AUGUCGGAAAAGCCACUUACUCCUUGGGUUGUUUGCGAAAAGAACGGCAAAGUAUUAACAGCGCACUGCGAUUGUAUGGCAGGAAUAGGUGAAAGCUGCUCUCACGUCGCUUCACUUCUGUUGGCUGUUGAAGCUGGUGCACGAAAACGAGAUUCUUUAACUGUGACUGAUAAGAAGGCAUACUGGGUCCUUCCAAGUGCUGUCAAGGCUGUGCCAUACGCUAAAUUUCGUGCUGGAAGAGUGACUGCUUCAAGGUUCAAAGCGGCUUGUCGCACCAACAGAGAUUCACCUUCCAAGAGUUUGAUCACAAGCAUUUGCUAUCCAAAGCUGAAGAAAUUUUCAACUGCAGAAACAAGAUGGGGUUGCCAGCAUGAAGAGGUGGCAAAAGACGAAUAUCGAAAAUGGCUAAACACAAACCAUGAAAAUGUUUCAGUAACAAACAGUGGAUUCUGGAUUCAUUUGACCCAUGGAUUUCUUGGUGCUUCUCCAGAUGGACUUGUCUCUUGCCAAUGUUGUGGCACUGGGAUUUGUGAAAUAAAGUGUCCGUUUUGCCAUAAAGAUGAGACGAUUGAAACUUCAACAGAUGACAGGUUGUUUUGCAUUGAAGUAAAAAGUGAUGGAACAAAACAACUUAAAAGAACUCAUGCAUAUUACUAUCAAGUACAUUUGUAAAUUAUUCUAAUUUCAUUUAACAAGCUUAAUGUAUAGCAAUUCACUUUCUUAAGUUAUUGCUCAGUUGUCAUGCACUGGUUAGAGCUAAUGUGAUUUUGUAGUGUGGACAGAAAAAGACUUGUUUUCAUAAAUCCGUUUAACAAGCUUAAUGCAUAGAAAUUCACUUUUUUAGGUUAUGGCUCAGUUCUCAUGCACAGGUUUGAGCUACUGUGAUUUUGUUGUGUGGACAGAGAAAGACUUGUUUGUUGAACGAAUCUUGCAAAAUAACGAAUUUGUAGAAAGGAACAUGGAUGCAGAAAAGAAAUUUGUGUUAAGGGGACUCCUUCCAGAGUUAACAGGAAAAUGGUACUCAAGACCCCAAAAAAUUGAAUAAAUGAAAAAUAAUAAAAUCAAAUGUCUUAUAAAUAGUAUUAGUACAAUUUUAAGUGUAUGCAUGCAAAAUCUUUCAAAAAAUAUGAUUUAGUCAUAAGGUACGACAGAAUCACAAAUGUUAAUUAGUGCACAGCUAACAGUAACUAUUUUGUCAAUCGUAGUGGGCUCAUUUUCUUUAGAAUUGACAAAAUCAAU